GAUACAAGCUGCAUAUCAGAUGCUUUAGAUUCACUUUCUCAAGGCUUCUACGGAUCACGGUGUCGACGCAAAUACAUUCAUCAUCCUCUGCGGACUGAGUGAAAAUCCUCCAUCGAUGCCUGAUCCAAGGAGCUUCAUCCUCUGAGCAUGUCAAUGAGCUCUUGACCACUCCACCGUUUCCUUUCCUCAUAUGCGAGCCAUCCUGCCUGGCCGACCCCAGUCGAAGCGGCAGGCUCUCAGUACUGCGCAUUGGGAUGGCCUCCGUCUUGUUGCCUACGUCUCCGGCAAUGCCGCCGUCGUCCUCAGCGGGCCCCAGACCAUCCUCCAAACAAUCUACGUCGAUACUGUCGAGUCCCUCGCUGCGAUAGCCAUUGAUGAGGCGACCGGCCGAAUAACCCUCUGCGAUGCCGAACACGUAUACAUCUACAGGCCCGUCGGGCGAGAAGAGGGUGUUAUCAGAUGGGUACAAAUACAUGAAUUGACGCACAUAAACGACAUCCAAGUGACUUCGUUGUCUUGGGGCUCGUCAGAGGAACUGCUGGUUGGCGGCACAAGGCUGGUUCUCUGGUUCAUCCCGGAAACAGGCUCUCCCAGAAUCACCUGGGAAGAAGACCUUGCCUAUCCGACUGCCCUUGCAUCUCUGUCACCGGACAGCAGCCUCAUUGCUUCAGUCGGACAGUAUGACAGACUCGUCAAGAUCUGGAGGAGGCUUUCGUACGAGGCCGAAAGUGCCAGGUUCGAUGUCUCCUACCUACCACAUCCAGCGGCGGUCACGAACUUACACUGGCGAAAACCAUGGUAUCUAGAACAGAAUCUGGAUAACCUUCUAUAUACCUUCUGCUCGGACAACCACAUCCGGGCAUGGACGACGUUUGAUCCUCACGCACUAUCAUUUUUGCAACAAGUGGGCGACAUUGACAUGAAUGCAUCCAUACAACCACGGAGGUUGAGUGUGAACUCCAUGAGCACUAAACGCUAUGCAUUCAUCAUCGACAGUCGAGACUUCUCGAUAGCCACCGAACAGGCCGUACAAACAUCCAGCCCUGGCACUCGAGAUCAUGCACUCGAGCAUCUAAUCGAAAUUGCCAACCGGAGCCCCGAGAUCUGUAUCGUUCUUGACGGACUUGGCCAUAUGUCAGUAUGGGGCCUAGAGAACGCUGGCUACAAAAAUAAAAUCUCGUCUGUCUUUCACGUCAGCCAUGUGGACGGGCUGAAUAUCCACGUUCCGCAAUUGAGUGAUCCUCUGGAAGACUAUGUCCAGUUCUGCAUUUUUGCGGGCGGCGCAACCCGUUCGUCUUUGUCGAUAUUACUACACUCCUUUGCUGGCGACAUCGACUGGUACGACAGUCAGAUCACACACCUAUUCGAUACCGCCAUCAGAAAAGAUCGCACACGAUUAAUAUCAUCCCUGGCCGGCCAUAGCGCUCCCAUACACCGGAUCGUCCGCAAUCUUGCAGGCAAUAUCAUGCUUUCUGCAACGGAUGAAGGCCAAGCGAGCGUUUGGCAGCAUUCUGGAGACGACAACACCGCGGCGCUACUUCGCCGGAGCUCCUUGGCGGUCGGGGCUGAUAUCAAGGAUGCCAUUGUGCUAUCCCGGGGAAGAUAUGCGGCGGUCUUGACCACACAUAGCCUCGAACUGUGGGAUGUCCGACAUGCCAAGGCCAACCGACUUGGUACGUUGGAACUCGAUACACGGCGCAUACCAGAGCGUAUCACUCAAAGUCGGGUUUCGAGUGAACGAGCACUGACGAGUCGUGUAAUUGUUGGCUAUGUCCCGGACGGAAUGGCAGAAGCUUGGGAAUUCCUCUUGCCAGUGAAAGAUGGUGCGUCGAACGUGAGCAAUGGCUUUCACGAGAUGAUACGGCCCCUUGGAGAUGUGAAACUGCAUGUCCAGAAUCGGUUCAACUCCAGAGUUUCGAUAUGCGACAACAUGAGCACGAAUGACCGUCCUGCUGAUCCUCGCGCAACCAAUGCAUUGGGUUUUACUGCAGCCUUAGCCAAAAAUCGUUCGCUCGAAAUGGUCAAAUCUCAGGAAGAGCCUGAUUCGAACAAGCCUUUUUUGUUCUCCGGAGCCCUAUUUGACACCAACAUAGAGAAGCCUACGGCCAUGAGCGCCAGCGGAUACGGCAAGAUCGUGGUGGUCAACGAUGAUAGUACGAGCCUUAGCAUCUGGGACGCCAAAACAGGCUCCUGGGAGUACCAGCAUGAGUUAGAUGGGACCGACACCAUCAAAACAUUUGCGUGGGCCGUCUCGCCUCAGGGUCAAGCCCUCCUGGCUGUGUGCUUCGACUAUCAUAUCGUUGUCCUUUGUCAGAUCAGAUAUCCCUAUCCGAGGCUCGAAAAUGCAUGGGUGGACCUGCGACAUAUUCGAAUAAGAGACUUUACAACCCAUCGGGUCGGUGACUUGUGCUGGCUUAGAAGCGGUGACCUGGUCGUAGGUUCGGGUAUCCAGCUAUUGGUCUUCAAAGGCUACGCAAAGAGUCAUCACAACGAGAACGCCGAACCCCUAAAAGAUGUUGAAAGGCGAAUUUCGACUGAUUCUGCAUUUGAUGUGAUGUCGCUGGUCAACGCGGUAUUGCCCAUAUUUCAUCCGACGAUUAUCUCUUUGUUGACUGCUAUUGGAGGAUUGAUAACUUGCAGACAUAUCAUCCUUCGCCUGCAGCGCAAACUGAAAUUCUUCAGCGAAGGUGACAGCUUGCCGAGCUUCCUGGAUCUUCCACUGGACAACAUCAUGAACAAAGACUCAUUAGAUCAACCCUAUGGCAACUCAAACCGUCUAUCAAACGGGGUCAAUGGCAAUGUCGAAGAACAAUCUAUCUCGGAAAUUUCUGACAACUUGCUCGAGAAUCUGAAGAAGCAGGAGCUGCGGCAGCUGAAUCCAACAGAGCAGACCCGACUCAUCAAGCAAAUCGAGGCAUGCUGCUGCUUGGAGAAACAAGAGCACUCUGUCGAUAUUAAUGGUCAGCGCUAUCUUCAGGCGUUAUUUACUUCCGAUGACACGCAGGUGUCCUGGAGCGCCAUCGUGUUUGCAUCUCUGAGCACGUCGCAGGAGGUCCUGGUAGACAUUGUAACACGAUUCCACGGUGGGAAAUUGACAUGGGAGGCUGCACAAAAGUCAGGUCUCUUCUACUGGCUAUCCGACCUAGAAUCUCUGCGCCUGCAGAUGGAAAACGUUGGCCGCGCUGAAUUCACCAAGCGUGAAGAUCGCAAUCCGGCCGACUGCUCACUGUACUAUCUGGCGCUGAAAAAGAAGAACGUCCUUCAAGGUCUUUGGCGGAUGACGGUUGGAGUCCGAGAAAGAGAAAACACACUCAAGCUUUUGGCCAACAACUUCCACGAGCCAAGAUGGAAGUCGACGGCAUUGAAGAACGCUUACGCCCUUCUCAGUAAGCGGCGCUUCCAUUAUGCUGCAGCAUUCUUCUUGCUUGCUGACAGCCUCUGGGAUGCGGUGAACGUGUGUAUUCACCAGCUAAAGGAUGUCCAGCUCGCCAUCGCCAUUGCACGGGUAUACAACGCAGAAUCAGGUUCGUCAAUCUUGACCAGAUUAGUAGAGCAGGCCAUCCUGCCACGAGCCGUGGAAAGCGAACAGGGUAGAUGGAUGGCUAGUUGGGCAUAUUCAAUCCUCAGUCGCCCGGAAGAGGCGAUCCAGGUCCUCGUUCAUCCUGUUCACACAGUGGUGGGAAUGCCACUGGACAAAGUCGAGGGAACUAUGGUUGGAUCGCUCAGUUACACAGCCAAUGACCCUUUGCUGGCGGUUUUGUAUCAGCAACUGCGCGCGCAGUUCGUCAAGCAGAACAAAUGGCGUAACGUCGUCAGCGGCAAAAGUGAAUGGUCCUUUGUCAUGCGCUGCGUGCGCCAGUAUAUGCGUAUGGGCUGCGACGUGCUUGCUCUGGCAUUGGUUCGAGACUGGGAGUUUGUGCAGGAGAGUCGGGACUUUGGGCCUGUGCGGUCGGAAGAACCUGCUCCCGGGGGACCCGGUUCGCCAAAGUUGCAAUUGCAGAGGCGAAAGACAUUUUUCGAGCUCGAGAAAGAGGAAGACGAGGAGAACAGGCCAAAGGUCCAGCCGGAGAAGAAGCCGCCGCCUCCACCUACCCAGUUUGUGGAACCGAGUGCGAAUAGUUUGUUGGAUAAUUUUGGCUUCUGAGAAGGCUGAGUACCUAGGUAGUACAGUAAGGGAAGCCUGUUUGGAUGUGGUUGUACUGUAUCAUUCUAACGUUUAGUGAUUGCGGGUUAUGGCCCUUUAUCAUGUCCUUUCUACACGGA